GCGAGUCGAGCCGCUGCGACGUGGUAAGCAGCGUUUCGGUAACAACCAUGAAACCGGGAUUUGAACUUUAUGUGAAAGUUUCACUGCUACGCCGGGAGCCUUUUUUUCCACUAUUCAAUUUCGCGUCCUUCUAUUACAUUUAUUAACAGUCAUUCAUCAGUUGCCGCCGCGAUACAGGCUUCUUGUUUCUUUAUUCAGCCCUCUUCCAAAAAGCAUAAAGUAAUGUCCUACCACCCGCAGACAGCACCCGUGCGUCCGCCGUCGCGGCGCGGCACGCCCUCCGCGGAUGGACCAAUUCCGUUCUUUGGCGGCCAGGACGCGUCGAGCUCGGGUGCCGAAUUCUUUUCAUCAAUGGAUGGCAGCACGCAGCACGCGGCGAUCCAGCAAACGCAGUUUCAGCAGUACGGGCAGCAGCCAUACACGGCGCCAUUCGCCUCGCAUGGAGUGCCGCCGCGGAGCGCGACUGCGGGGCCGGCCGAGUAUCAGCAGUAUGGGCAGCAGGCGGACCCGUACCGGAGCGCCUCUGUGGUGUAUCCUGGGUAUGGCACGCAGUACGGGUAUGAGCAAAAUAAUGCGGCACCGGAUGGCGCAGCGUUCUUUGACCAACUGGCGGGCGAAUCCCAGCAGGCAGCGCCGGCUGACCAAAACGGGUACUACGCACAGUACAGCCAGGCAGCCGCACAGCAGCCGGCGUACGCUGGAUAUGCUGAGACAGCCGAUCCCGCGGUUUCGGGCGCUACUGCGCAGGUGCAACAGGCGGCUGUUGAGCCCAUCUACGAUGAGGCGAUGGGACAAUACUAUGAUCCGCAGAGCGGGCAGUAUUACGACAACGAUUCGGGGACAUGGUAUUACCCGCAGGCUGCCGCUGGCUACGGCACCGAGUAUACCCAGACCACACAGGAGUACAAUCCCCCGGCAGUCGCUCCUGCUACUGCUGGUGGUGGCGGUGUUCCAGAUGCUACCGCAACAGCAGGCUAUGCGCAGCCUGCUCAGCCCGAGGUCGCUGAUGGAGCUGCAUUUUUUGACAACCUAGGAGACGCUGAUACCGAUGCAUCAGUACAGCACGCUGAUUACUCAAUGGGUCUGGCCCAGCAGCCAGUCACGGCUGUGCCAACAGUGCCGGUUGCUGCAGAGGCAGUGGGCGAGGCUGCUGUUGCCACACAUGCCGAGUCUAGUAUUGGUGUUGCCACGCAGGUGGCAGCUGAUAGCACAGGUGAUGCAGUGGUGGACCCGGCUGAAGCCUUUGACGCAAUCAUCAGUCGGUCAGUCCAGAGCCCGCCGGUGCAGGUAGAAGCAGUAUCUGCGGCUGCUCCUGCACCCAGUGCGCCGGAAAACGUACGGCAGAUGACAUCGGAUCCCGCAGACAUAUUUGAUACAGCUGUCCACCAAUCAGUUCAAACCCAGCCGCCGGCGACGGAGACAGUCUCUGCUGCUGAGAUUCCUGCUACUGUGGCUCCCGAGAGCGCUCUGCUGGAGACAUCCGAUCCAGCAGACAUAUUUGAUGCAGCAAUCAGCCAGUCAACUCAUAGCCAACCGGCGGCGGUGGCGGCGGAGAUAGCUCCUGCUGCCGAGAUUCCUGUCGCUGUUGCUGCGGAGAGUGCUCUUCUGGAGACAUCCGAUCCAGCUGCUAUCUUUGAUGCUGCCAUCAGCGAAUCACAGCCGGUCCAGCACAUUGCAGAGCCCCAUUUGGAGCCAGCACAACAGCAACAGCUGCCAGCAGCAGGUCCUGUUGUGGAAAUCGAGCAAGUAUCACCGGAGCCUGCCGGUACUCUUGACUUGGAGGCUGUCACAGCAGAGCAGGCACAUCAAGCUACUGAGCCAGCUGCCAUCGAGCGUAAAUCUGUCGGUGUAGUCGACAUACAAAAGGUUCCAUCGGAUCCGGCCGAGAUCUUUGACGCAGCCAUCAGCCAGCCGCAGCCGGUAGCUGCUGAGGAACCAGCACCCCUUCAGCCCGCAGAUGUGCCACCACCUAUCACCCAUGAAGACGCUCUGGUGGCGGACGCCGGCCAGCAGGCCAGCCAGCUGUCUCGGGAAUCAACAGUGGAGGCUGAGUUACCAGUCUCCGCUGCCUCCACUGAGCAAUCGCAAUCCAUAGCUGCAACGGAAACGGUAUCAGAAAUUGCGCCGCCUGCCGCCUGGAUUUCUACACUCAGCUCUCCGACAGCGCGCCAGAGACGCCGGCCGAGAUCCCGGUGGAGACGCAGCCGUCGAGCGUUGGCGAGCCUGCGGUGUCGCGCGAAACGGCGUGGGGCACGUUGACCACGCAGGCAGAGGCAUUUGAGAGCGAAUUUGGCGAGACGGGUGGGCAGACCGGUUAUGUGUCGUUCUACCAGGACCAGCAGAGCGGGACAGCAGCGGCAGUUGGUAUGGAAUCGCUGGAGCAGCAGAAGCAGGAGGGAUUCGCGGGUCUGGCGCUUGAUGACGGCGUG